AUGGCUCAACCACCAGCUCCCCUCGGGGCAACAGCUGCGUCGGCCGACCUGGGUCGAGAGAUUGAAAAUGCCCUGAGUCCGCAGACAGCAAGUUCCGAGGCAGACCGGGAUUCUACACCAAUGGAAGACAAAGCAGGGGGCUCUGAAACCGCAAAAGCAGAAUCGGAGGAUGGCAUCAAAAGUGAAGACCAGGAAAAAAUUACAGCUCUAGCACGAACUCUCUCACGCCAAAAAAGCACCAUAACCGGCGAUGGAUUCAACACAUUUCUCGACCCGAGUGGCGAUCCAGAGCUCGACCCGAAUUCGGACCAGUUCAAUUCGCGCAAAUGGGUGAAGAAUAUGUUGCAUAUCACGUCGCGCGAUCCGGACCGCUACCCGCGUCGCAGUGCCGGUGUUUCGUUUCGCAAUCUCAAUGCGUUUGGGUAUGGUACCGCAGCGGAUUAUCAGGCUGAUGUUGGCAAUAUGUGGCUCAAAGGUGUCGGUUGGCUCCGGGGCCUGAUGGGACACAAGAAUCAAGUCCGCAUUGAUAUUUUGCGCAACUUUGAAGGCCUUGUGCGCAGCGGAGAGAUGCUUGUGGUUCUGGGACGUCCAGGAAGUGGUUGCUCGACCUUUCUCAAGACCAUUGCGGGUGAAACGCAUGGUCUUUGGUUGGAUGAAGGCACUGAUAUUCAAUACGAGGGUAUCUCAUGGGAGGAGAUGCAUAGUCGUUUCCGUGGAGAAGUCAUCUAUCAGGCAGAGACGGAGACUCAUUUCCCUCAACUCACUGCCGGUGAGACACUGCUAUUCGCCGCCAUGGCUCGAGCACCAGUCAACCGUCUCCCUGGUGUCACGCGUGACCAGUAUGCUGAGCACAUGCGAGAUGUCACCAUGGCAAUGUUGGGUCUCUCUCAUACAAUGAACACACAGGUCGGUAAUGAAUUCAUUCGCGGGGUUUCUGGAGGAGAGCGAAAACGAGUCAGUAUAGCCGAGACAACCCUAUGCGGCAGCCCGCUGCAGUGUUGGGACAACAGUACACGCGGUCUUGAUAGUUCAACGGCUCUUGAAUUCGUCAAGAAUCUUCGUCUAUCUACCGAUUACACUGGUUCAACAGCUGUUGUGGCUAUCUACCAGGCUAGUCAGGCUAUUUACGAUCUCUUUGAAAAAGCCAUUGUUCUUUACGAAGGCCGUCAAAUCUACUUUGGAAGAGCAGAAGAUGCAAAACGCUUCUUCAUUGAUAUGGGUUUCCACUGUCCAGACAGACAAACAACUGCCGAUUUUCUUACAUCCUUGACAAGCCCCACUGAGCGAAUCGCUCGUGAGGGCUUUGAACAUCUUGUGCCUCGCACCCCAGACGAGUUUGCAGCAAGAUGGAGGGAUAGUGCAGAACGACAACAGUUGCUGUCUGAAAUGGAAGCUUUCCGAAGUGAAUUCCCUCUCGCUGGCGACAAACUGAAUGAGUUCUCCCGCUCUCGAGCAGCAGAAAAGGCCAAAGGAACACGGGCAGCAUCUCCAUACACGCUCUCUUAUCCUAUGCAGGUCCGUCUGUGCCUCUGGAGAGGUUUUCUGCGUCUGAAAGGAGAUCUAAGCAUGACCCUGGCUACGGUCAUUGGCAACAGCGCCAUGGCUCUCAUUGUUUCCAGUGUUUUCUACGAUCUCAACGGCUGGACUGACAGCUUUUUCCGUCGCGGUGCCCUACUCUUCUUCUCGAUUCUGCUCAAUGCAUUUUCAAGCUCUCUGGAAAUCUUAACCCUCUGGCAGCAACGGCCAAUCGUCGAAAAGCAUGACAAAUAUGCAUUGUAUCAUCCGUCUGCAGAAGCAAUCAGUUCUCUUAUCGUCGAUCUUCCGGCCAAAGCGGUUGUGGGAGUUGUGUUCAAUCUGAUCAUCUACUUCAUGACUCACUUGCGUCGUACCCCGGGCCAUUUCUUUGUUUUCUUCCUGUUCUCCAUCAUUACUACGCUUACCAUGUCCAACAUCUUUCGCUGGAUCGGUGCCAUCUCUCGCUCUCGGGCACAGGCAAUGGUUCCGGCGUCCUUGUUCAUGAUGAUCCUUGUCAUUUACACUGGCUUUACCAUCCAAACGCGAGACAUGCAUCCUUGGUUUCGAUGGCUGAACUAUCUGGAUCCCAUUGCUUACGCCUUCGAGGCUCUUAUGAUCAACGAAUUCAGCGGCCGCAGAUUCCCAUGUUCGACAUACAUACCAGCAGGGCCUGGCUAUGAGAAUACCCCCCUAAGCUCGAAGAUCUGUUCCUCAAAAGGGGCCAAGGCUGGUAACGAUUUUAUCGACGGUGAUGCGUUUAUUAAUAUUUCGUACGAAUAUUACGCACCACACCUCUGGCGUAACUUUGGUAUUCUUCUGGGCUUCUUAUUUUUCUCUCUCAUCAUGUACAUUGUGUCGAGUGAGAUUGUUCGGGCCAAGCCAUCUAAGGGCGAAAUUCUCGUUUUCCCCCGUGGUAAGAUUCCUGCAUUUGCAAAGAGUGUCAGUCGAGGCGACUCCGAAGAAGCUAUCUCGUCAGAAAAGCUGCAGGUGGGCAAAGAAGGACAUGAUCAAGCUGCUGCGAUCGUCAGCCAAACGUCUAUUUUCCACUGGGAAGAUGUCUGCUAUGACAUCAACAUUAAAGGCGAAACACGACGCAUUCUCGACCAUGUCGAUGGGUGGGUCAAACCGGGUACUUUAACUGCACUGAUGGGUGUGACAGGAGCAGGAAAGACGUCCCUACUGGACGUUCUGGCUAACCGAGUGACUAUGGGUGUUAUCACUGGUGAAAUGCUGGUGGAUGGGCGUAUACGCGAUGAUUCCUUCCAGCGCAAGACUGGCUACGUCCAGCAGCAGGACUUGCAUUUGGAAACAAGUACUGUACGGGAGGCCCUCAUAUUCAGUGCCGUUCUCCGUCAACCAGCGAGUACUCCACGGGCAGAGAAGCUAGCCUAUGUUGAAGAGGUUAUCAAGAUGCUUGGCAUGGAGGAAUAUGCUGAGGCCGUUGUCGGUGUCUUGGGCGAAGGCCUCAACGUGGAGCAGCGAAAGCGCCUGACCAUUGGUGUCGAGAUUGCGGCCAAACCAGACCUUCUCCUUUUCUUCGAUGAGCCCACCUCGGGUCUGGAUAGUCAGACCGCCUGGUCCAUUUGCUCACUUAUGCGAUCGCUGGCUAAUCAUGGGCAAGCGAUUCUCUGUACGAUCCAUCAGCCAUCCGCCAUGCUCAUGCAGCAGUUUGAUCGGUUGCUUUUCCUGGCUAGGGGUGGAAGGACUGUCUACUUUGGUGGUCUUGGGCCCAAUAUGCAGACUUUGAUACAGUACUUUGAAAGCAAUGGAUCGUCUAAAUGUCCAAAGACUGCCAACCCUGCUGAGUGGAUGUUGGAGGUGAUUGGAGCUGCUCCAGGAUCGCAUGCUGACCAGGAUUGGCCCGAGGUGUGGAAGAAAAGUCCUGAGCGUGCGCAGGUGCGUCAGGAACUGGCCACUAUGAAAGCCGAAUUGUCGCAACGGCCUCAGGCCCCACGGGCCGCUGGGUAUGGGGAGUUUGCGAUGCCUCUGUGGGCGCAAUUCCUGGUCUGUAUUCAGCGGAUGUUCCAGCAGUACUGGCGCAGUCCAUCGUACAUCUACUCGAAGGCAGCCAUGUGCAUUCUGCCGCCGCUGUUCAUUGGUUUCACUUUCUGGAGAGAAGCGACUAGUAUUCAGGGCAUGCAGAACCAAAUGUUUGCCAUUUUCAUGCUGUUGAUUAUCUUCCCCAACCUGGUGCAGCAGAUGAUGCCGUAUUUCGUGACACAGCGUUCCUUGUACGAAGUUCGAGAGCGACCGUCCAAAGCGUAUUCCUGGAAAGCGUUCAUGAUGGCGAGCAUAAUGGUUGAAUUGCCCUGGAACAUUCUGAUGGCAGUUCCGGCGUACUUCUGCUGGUACUACCCCAUUGGUUUCUAUCGAAAUGCUCCUGAGGAGGUUCAUGAACGGGGCGGUACUAUGUUUCUUCUUGUGUUGCUCUUCAUGAUGUUCGCGUCAACUUUCAGUUCCAUGAUGAUUGCCGGUAUUGAGCAGGCAGAGACAGGUAGCAACAUUGCGCAGCUGAUGUUCUCCCUGUGUCUCAUCUUCAACGGUGUUUUGUCGAGUCCAGGAGCGCUUCCUAGGUUUUGGAUCUUCAUGUACCGAGUGUCGCCGUUUACAUACCUUGUGUCCGCAGUCAUGUCGACAGGGCUUGCUGGGGCCGAUGUUAAGUGCUCUGAUAUCGAGCUGCUGGCUUUGCAACCCCCAUCAGGCCAAAACUGCUCUGCUUUCUUGGACACAUAUGUGGCGAACUACGGAGGACGGCUGCUGAACGGGGACGCGACGUCGGACUGCCAAGUCUGCUCCUUGUCCACCACCGACCAAUUCCUGGAAGAGAUGAGCAUGUCACCGUCAGACACAUGGCGCAAUGUCGGGCUCUUGUUUGUAUAUGUCGGGUUCAACUUCUUUGCGGCCAUCUUCCUGUACUGGUUGGUGCGAGUGCCGAAGAACUCUCGGAAGGACAAGAAGGAGUGA